GGGGCGGGAAGGAGGACCUCAAAGGCUCAGGAGCGAGUCCACUCCCAGCCCAGCCGCCAGCGCCAGCCUCCUCCUCCGCAGCACCCUGGCCCUUAUCAGGAAAGGAUUUGGGUUGGUGGGGAGGGGUGGGGGGAAGUCGGAGGCCCCAGGCUCCUCAAGGUGGGCCAGAGAGAUAGGGAAGUGGGGAGGGGGCUGGGGGGCGGCUCUGCCGGGCGGGGGAGGGCAAUGGGAGGGAUGCCUAGAAUGGGCACGGUGGGGGGCUUUGGCCAAGCUCUGUCCUUGCCGGCCUGGCCCUCGACAUGGUUCCAGGACUUCUGCCUCCCAUCCUUGCCAGACAAGUUGCCUGCACCUUUAAUUAGCGAGCAGCAGCCUCUCGAUUCAUCACCACGGUCGCUGUUUAAUUAGCCGAGCCCAGGGCGGCCCCCACCCCCAGCUCUGCCUGCCUGUCUCACCAAGGCCGCCACCACCUCAUGGUGUCCCCUGUCACCACCCCCCAUACUUACUCUGCUCCCCAGAAUGGGGGAUGGGCCUGGCACGCCCGGCUGAAACCUCAAGGAGAU